AGGACAAGGGGGAGGCAACCGCUAUCUUUUUUUCUUCUUUUCUCUUUUUUCCAUUUGUACCAACGGGCACAACUGGCUCAGGCGUGUUUGAGUCCAAUUGAAUUGCAUUUUUUUCCCCUUUUAUUUAAGGAGCCUGCCUCUUUAAAACGCAUUAAACCCAAACAGUCGAUUGGUGUCUUACCACUGAAGGCUUUAAAUAUGCGAGUUUGGACGACAUGUAGCCUUUGACAUCGAAGAGGGGGAAAAAAUAUGUCGACGAGUCAAUAAACCCACCAUGGAAAGCCUAAAGGUCGUCCUUAUUUAAGGAAUGGGAUUUUUUCUGCUUAAAGCGACGUGAUCGUAAGAGGAAACCCCGAGGUGAGUUAGGGGCGAAAACUGUUUAGAAAAUAGUAAUUUGUCCUACAAAGGCGAGUUGUUGAGGAAGAGCCGCUACAGAUAUAAAGAAGGCUAAAGGAAAAUAUUCACUGGGACACGAGGGCAGGAUGUGGCAUCACCCUCCGCUCUGAGUGAGUGUGGGCAGUGUCGAGCUGUUGGGGACAACCGGUGGUCGCUUCCUCCAGCCUCCCACCUUCCAGAUGCAGCUAUUUUCCUCCAUAUGCUCACCAAAUAUUUCAAAAUAUUUUCAGUUUUCAAGUGCCUGUCUGCCCGCAACACCUCUCUUUGACUGUUCCAGUCUCGAAAUUAGAGAAAUUAAACAGUGAAUCUAAAAAGAAGAAGAAGCGGAGGAGAGGAGGAUUAAGGUACCCAGGGAGCCGCCUAUAUGAAGAUGCUGAUGUGUGACCGCGGCGUCCAGAUGCUCGUGACGACGGUGGGCGCGUUCGCCGCCUUCAGCCUCAUGACCAUCGCCGUCGGCACGGACUACUGGCUGUACUCGCGCGGGGUCUGCCGCGUGAAGAGCAGCGGCGACAACGACACGAGCCGCAAGAAUGAGGAGGUGAUGACGCACUCCGGCCUCUGGCGAACCUGCUGUCUGGAAGGAACAUUCAGAGGUGUUUGUAAGAAGAUUGAUCAUUUUCCAGAGGACGCCGACUAUGAGGCGGAUGCUGCUGAAUACCUCCUACGUGCUGUUCGCGCCUCCAGUAUAUUCCCCAUUAUGAGUGUUGGUCUGCUGUUUCUGGGGGGGCUCUGUGUAGCUGCCAGUGAGUUUUACCGGAGCAGACACAAUGUCAUCCUCAGCGCAGGAAUCUUCUUCGUAUCUGCAGGCCUCAGUAACAUUAUUGGAAUUAUUGUCUACAUCUCAGCCAAUUCUGGAGACCCCGGUCAAAGUGACAGCAAGAAGUCCUACUCGUAUGGCUGGUCCUUCUACUUUGGCGCCCUCUCCUUCAUCAUGGCUGAAAUGGUGGGCGUUCUGGCAGUGCACAUGUUUAUUGAGAAGCACCGUCAACUGCGUGCCAAGUCCCGAACCGAGCUCAUAAAGAAGUCUGCCUUCAGCCGCAUUCCCUCCUACCGCUACCGAUUCCGGCGCCGCUCCAGCAUGCGUUCCUCCGAGGCCCCCAGCCGAGACGCAUCGCCGCUGGGGAAGGGUGGCUACACGGGGCCAGCCGCCUCAGAGAUGCCCAUGUACACGCUGAACCCAAGAGAAGCAGGCAAUGCAGGCAACAAACCAGGUGGCGGCAUAGGCGGGCUGCUCAACUCAGAAAGGGAGUUCCUUCAGAGCAGCACGCUCACUAAAGACUACAACAAGGACCCCAACCGCAGGACCACACCAGUCUGAAGAAAUCUGGCUGUAGAUAUCACCCAAUCAGAGUAUUUUAAAGAGAAGGAGGGGAAAUACAGUGAAAAUCCAAGCAAACAAGGGGAAUACCAGAGGUUAUGGGGUCAGGAAGGGGUUUGAUUAACUCUAACUGUAAACUGUGAACUUUUUAGCCUUUGAACUGUGAAUCCUUUGCCCUCUGAAAGUUUCUCAGUGUGUAGCAGGGUGAGUUUGAUGGAGAAGUUGUUCCGAACUCCACGUAUACCUGAUAUAGUUAUAUAAUUAUAUCCAUAACUGCUUAUAAAGGAUGACAAUUGUAAUUUAGGUUCAUGAUUUUCAUGUUCAUAAAUUGACUUUCUGACACAUUUUUAAGGGAAAGAAAAGACAGAUAUAGAGGUAACUUGUUUGGAGCAACUUCUCCUGACAAAGUGCAACUAAUGUGAAAUUGAGAAGACAGAAAAGAAGAGAAAAUCGGUGUGAUUUUUUAUCUUUAGACCUCUCUCCUCCUGUCCUUUUGGGUAGAAGUAGAGCUGGAUUAAUAAAGGGAACAGUUAACUUUCCAAGUAUGAUAUUUAUUGGUGAGAAAGUUACAUUUAUUGCAAGGCUUAAUUCAGCUUUUGUUCAGCUGGUUUAAGAAAAGAGAAUUUGUGGCAUUAACAUUUGUUGCAUUGGUUAUUUCUCCAUUUGUUUACUAUUAACUGACUUCAAACAGAACUGAAACUGAAUUGAGCUGAUUCCAUACUAGACCUGCCAACGUUGGCUGCAGAUGAGCUGUUGGAGAGUCAGUAGAAAAGGCGACUCAACAAAUCUAAUGUUCGAUCCGUUGGUGCUUCCUUUCAGCUGUGUUUUUCUGCCACUUCUUCUUCUUUUUUUUUUACCUAAAAAUUCAAGACAACCAGAUAUCUGUCUGUUUGCUUUCACAAAUCACCUUUCGCCUUCCAUGUUCUUACAUGUAGCCCCAUACUCAACUCACUGACACCCUCUUCGCACAUCCUAUUGCCCUACCUUCCCUGUACUUAAAUCAACAGUAGAUUUAGCUUCUGUCUUCCUUAGGGUUUUCUGGACGUUAUUUUUUCAGGGUAAAGUUAGGGAUGGAGUCGGUGUAAGGGAGACCACUGAGCUGUGAAACAUAUAUUAAGGCAGUGCCAAAAAAUGUACUUAACUAACUAGGAAUGGACUUUUUGUGUCUGCCCGAUACCUCUCGCUGAACAUCUUUCAAAUUAAUUCAACGUAAAGUUGUUUUUGAUUGAUCAGAAUGGCUGCUUUAGUAAAAAGAGAUAAAAAUGGC